AUGCCUCGUGGAACGCUUGAAGUUGUUUUGAUCAGUGCCAAAGGCCUUGAAGACAAUGAUUUUCUAUCAAGCAUAGAUCCUUAUGUGAUCCUUACUUACAGAGCUCAGGAGCACAAGAGUAAUGUGCAAGAAGGUGCUGGAUCUAAUCCUCAAUGGAAUGAGACUUUUCUUUUCACGGUUUCUGAUUCUGCUUCUGAACUCAAUCUAAGAGUAAUGGAAAAGGACAAGUUUAGUAGUGAUGAUAAUCUUGGAGAAGCAAUAAUUCCUUUGGAUGCAGUGUUUGAAGAGGGUAGUGUUUCAGAGAGUGUUUACAAACUUGUGAAGGAAGAAGAAUAUUGUGGUGAGAUUAAAGUGGCUCUCACUUUUACACCUGAGAGAAAUUAUGAACAAGGCUACAAUGAAGAGGAGGAGAGCUGUGGUGGAUGGAAAGAAUCAGCUAGAGAAUAUUGA